CCAAGCAGACGAAAUUGGUUGAAUCGAAAUGACGUGUAACCCAAACGGCUUUGAUUCCAAAUUUAGAAGUAAAUAAAUAAAUAAAUAGAACUAUUAUAGACAUACUUUCCCAAAGUCGUGAUGGAUUAUUUUUUCGGCUUCAAGUCUGUCAUCAGCCAGCCGGAAGCGGAGCCUUCUCCUGCUGACACGGUGCUGAGACUGGUUGAGAGAGUCACAUCUUCGACUCUGCUGGAGGACAAACGGGAUGCCUGCAGAGCCAUCAAAGCCCUUUCCAAAAAGUAUCGAUUGGAAGUGGGGGCCCACGGCUUGGAUGCCUUGAUUGAGGUGCUCAAUGGCCAGCCGGAUCUGGAGACAUCCAGUUUCGUCCUGGAAACAUUAUGCAAUGUAACUUCAUCAGAGGUUUUUGAAGAAGAGGGUGUCGGUGCCCCAGUUGGAGAGCAGUUCACUGAAAUCUUUCUCAAAAAAGCAGAGAAUGUCAUAAGCGUCAUCACGUUACUAGACGAAUAUGAUUUUCACGUUCGACUUCCAGCGAUUCGUCUGCUAAUGAACCUCUUAAACAACAAAUCGAAAGAAAUGCAGGAAAUUGUUCUGGCAUGUCCGAUGGGUGUGGCCAAAUUAAUCGAUAUCCUCAGUGAUAGCCGGGAUUUCGUGCGAAACGAAGCCUUACUCCUUCUCAUCCAGCUGACUAAAAGCAAUGCCAACAUUCAAAACAUUAUCGCCUAUGAACGUGGUUUCGACCAGCUCUUUCAAGUCGUUCGCAGCGAGGGCUACAGUGACGGCGGUAUCGUCGUAGACGAUUCCCUACAACUUAUGCUCAACCUCCUCAAACGCAACGCCUCAAACCAGACAGUCUUUCGAGAAGAAUCCUGCAUGAAGCACAUCACACCGUUUUUCCAGUCAUGCCAACAGUCGGAGGGGGGUGAUCCAACUGGCAGUUGGUCUAUACAGAAGAUUAGCAAUGUACAUUCCAUGCUUCAGGUGGUAAGAACAUUGGUAUCUCCGGCCAACGCCACUCAAGUGGUGUCUCCAGCCCAGAAAAAUGUGGCCGGCUGUGGUCUGCUUUCCGAAUUGUGUGCUCUACUCAUGUCGCCCGGCGUUCCGGCUGACAUCCUCAGCGAAAUCAUCUGCACAGUCGGCGAAUCGAUUCGCGGCUGCCGGAGCAAUCAAGAAUUCUUUGGCCAAGUGAUGGCCUCUUCGUCACCGCCGCGAACAGCCUUGGUCGUUCUCCUCAUGUCUAUGGUCAACGAAAAGCAGCCGGUGCUGCUCCGAGCGUCCGUUCUCUACUGUUUCGAGUGUUUCCUCUACAAGAACGAUUUCAGUCAGGGACAGAUUAUCCAGGCACUUUUACCCACAUCGGCAGAAGCCAUGCAGCAAAUUUCAGCUGGCCAAUUAUUGUGCGGUGGACUGUUCUCGACCGACUGCCUUUCUCACUGGCUCUCUUCCGUGGCACUCUCUCACGCUCUUGUCAACAACACCAACAACAGGGAACUGUUGCUAAGGGUGCACUUGGCUAUCGCCAAAGAUGUCGCACCCGUUUCCCUCCUACAACAAGCUUUUAGUAUACUCCAAUUGGGUGGCAAGUUGCAGACUCGACUGGGUAUUCUGACGUUAUUGUCCACCUGGUUGGCAGAUAGCCCCAACUCUGUGGCUCAAUUUUUAAAACUCCCAAAUGCUGUGGCAUUUUUAACGGCCCUGGUGGCUUCCAAUGAGCACGACGACCAAGAGGUGCUUGUGCAGAGCUUGUGCGCUUUUCUCCUAGGACUCUGCGUGGUCUACAACAACGAUGCAAACAGCAACUUUUCCAAGGAAUCCCUGUGCCAACUAAUAACCAAGCGAAUCGGAGUCGAAACAUUCGUCGACAAACUUGCCGAGAUCGCUAAACACGAAGUGUACAGCAAAGCCCUCAAACACCCUCAAAUUCGGAUCAAUACCGCGGCUGAUAUCCAAUUCGAUCACGAGUUCUGUCGCUUGUACAAAGGACUAGAGGGUGUCAUUGCCAAAGCGGUGGCUCCGCCUACCAGUCCUAAAGGAGCCGAAUCCCCGUCCGAAUCGAUGGCUUUGGCCAAAUACAAGGACGUCAUUCGUGAGCAAGAUGGACAGAUACAACACCUGCGGCAGCGAUUAGCUGCCUUGGAAGGGGAUCACAUAGCCGCUCAGAGCAAGAUCGAAGAGUUGAACGUCAACGUGCAGCACCUCCAGGAUCAAAAUACAUUGCUCAAGGCCCAACGGAACAAUAACGUCAUAAUUGACGGAGGCGAGCCUUCAACUCCGCCACCCGAAUCGUCGACUGACAAGUUGGUGAAAGAGCUGGAAGCGUUACGUCUAGACAAUGAGAGACUUCGCGGUCAGCUGGAAGAGCAGCAACAAGCUGCCAAUCACUACGUUGGCAUUCCUCCGUCUAACGGAAUCGCUGUCGAAUUCGCUUCAACCCAAUCGGCUUCCAUAAUGGAUAGCUUUACCACGCAUGAAGACGUCCAAGUGUGUUCGUUCUUUCGUCAACCGGAAUCAACGUCGGCAGCUAAUCCGCUCGAGCUAGAGCUCAAAGCAGUCAAGAGUCGACUGGAAGCGAUGGAAGCGGAAUUAGGCGAUUCGCAGAAGCGAUUGGCUGACUGUCUGUCGGUCAAUGCCGGACUUCAAGACGAGAUUGAACGAGUCAAAAAAGAUCAGGAAGACUUGCUUGUCCUUUUAGCCGAUCAGGAUGGACAGGUGCUAAAAUAUAAGGACCGGUUGAAAAACCUCGGUCAAACGGUCAGUGAAGAUGAAGAUGAUGAGCUGGACGAUUUGGCUGGCGAUGACGAACUUUCAGUUUGAAAAAACAAAACCAAACUAAAUAAUUAUUAAAUUGAUAAAUUUAUAUUUUUAAAAAAUUAUUAUUAUAUGGCCUCUGGGGGGGAAAAGAGUAAGAAUCUUUUGUUUUAAAACAGGCGAAACACCCACACCAAUUAUCCAUUGAAAAAGUCUAACCUUGUGCGUGUGUGUUGCAGAUUACCGACGUUGGUAAAGUUAGUGAGACUCUGUGUGUGUACAUCUUUGUCUUGUCUCGGAAAGCAUACAAUUGUUCCAAAAGGUCAA